AUGUCCACCGCAGAGUGCGUCGGAACCCCCCAGCAUGGUGAUUAUAACCCUCAAUCCGGAUCGUUCGCAGUACUCAAUACAUUCAUGUCUGCAGAAUCUGGAGGUAUCAACCAAAGCCUGCCUGAAACUCCUCACGAGAUCCACACCCGUAGUCAACUCAAUCAAGAAUCCCGUCUCUGUGCGCUGCCCGCCGAGAUAAUAUCCCACAUACUCGUUUGCCUCGCCGACGUCGACGAGCCAUGGGGCUUUGCCGGCACACGAUCCCUUGGAUGGUUCAAAGUCCUUCACGUCUGUCGCCGUAUCCGCGAGGUCGCGCUUACCACUCCCCGUCUUUGGAACAACAUAUGUUUUGACCUAGGCUCGGACUGCACGAGAGAGAUGAUGGAGAGGGCGAGAGUUGUGCCCGUCACGGUAUUGCGCCACUGCCGCCGUAAGGGCGAGACGCUUGGCCCAGAGGUGAAAGAAUAUGUCCCACAAAAUCUAUGGCACAUCCGUCGCUUGAUGCUGUCAGGACCUUCAGACGAGGUUGAAAAACUAGUGCACAAACUCGUUCACCCCGCGCCAAUGCUGGAGGAUAUCCACUUCUGGCCUCAAACUCUCGACAGAUCCGAGCCGAUACCUAUGCCCCCGGUGCUCUUCGCAGGACAUACACCCCGUCUUCACAGUGUCGUGCUCGAUUAUUGCACCAUACACUGGGACUCGCCGAUGUUCAGGAACUUGAUUCGGCUCGAGCUCUGUGUCGACCGCGGAUCCGCUCCACCGCCACUCAUGAGCAAACUCCUGGAUAUUCUGGACACGAUGCCGUUGCUCGAGUCGUUCAGGCUGGAGUACUGUCUUCCAAUGUUACAGUCCCCCUCGGUACCAUCCAUUACCCGUGUCUGUUCACUCCCGAAUCUUCUCACCCUCACACUCGGUGGCCGGGCGUUAGACAUCGUGCACUUGAUGCGGUCCAUAUCCUAUCCCGCCACCACAUCGUUACAUCUCGACCUAGACGCCUGGGACGCCGACCCCACCCUCCACGAAGGCAAAGACUGCUGCGCCAUCCUGCCUGUCCUCAGAGCUCAACUCGAACGGGCCGCGGACCCCAUAAUCACCAAGUUAUCAACCAUCCCCUUCACGCCGAACGUGUACAAUGCACAUGCUGUGGGCAAUAUCGACGGUACCAAGAUCCGCAUCGACCUUAGAGUCAAACUCCCCAUGCCGGACGAGUACAGCGGCGUCGAGUUCCUGGCGGACUUCCAUGACUCGCUGCCCGGUGUGGAGGCCUGCGAAACCGUCCGCGCUCAUUUCUGCGAGAUGAUGGACGCGGACGAUUGGCUUACGGUGUAUAACGGCCUCAACAACGUGAAGAGGUUCGAAGUGACGUACCCAAAUUCCAUCGUCAGUUUGAUCGAGGCUUUGGGGGAAGUUAUGCGCCGCGAGUACGAGAUUCAAGUUGGCGCUACCACUCAAAUAAUAUCGCACACUCUUCCACGUCUGUUCCCACACCUUCUCGACUUGGACUUCACUUGUGUCGACUUUGAGACGCCAGAGAAAGACGAAGAAGGAGAUGAGCAUGGUGGUGAAGGCUUUGGUGGAGAGGGCGAAGAUGAGCGACAGGAGAAGGAGCCGCCGUUUGUGUUGUUGCAAAGAUGUCUACAGAAACGCGCAGAGUUGGGUUCACCGCUGGAGCGUCUGGGCAUUCAGUCCUCGGAGAUCAAGAGGUCACAGGUCAAUUUACUCUCGGAGGUGGUACCUAACCUUUCUUGGGAUGAGAAGGAGAUGGAUCACGAAUGA